AUGUUGAUGCAACUAAAAGGCCGCAGACUCGUUCUGCUGGCAGGCUUCAUUGUCGUCCUCUUCCUCCUCAUCUUCUCCCAGUCCACCGUCCCGGAGAGCCUGAACUGGCCCGACCUUUCAGCUUCGCUGCCCAGCGUCACCGGCAGCAAAUCAUCCGCCCCCUCGGGCAAGAAGGGCAAGGACGAGUCUCCCGGCGUCGGCCGUUUCCACUUCCUCAUCGCCGCAAGCGCCCCGAACCUGCAAUUCUGCCGCGCCCUCGUUUCCUCGACUGUCAACCGCUUCGGCGCCCCGACCAUCGUGGGAUGGAACGGCACUGGUGAGAACGAUGCUGCUCUGUCGCACUUGGCCAAGAUUCGCGUCGUCACCAGGUACCUCGAGGAUCUCCCCGAAUCCUCCAACGAUGACCUCUUCAUGAUGAUCGACGGAUACGAUGUCCUUCUGCAGUUCGGUCCCGAUGUCAUGAUUGAGCGGUACUUCAAGGCGUCGGCGUUGGAGGAUGAACGCAUUAUCCAGCAGCUGGGACCCGAGAAGGCCGCCAGCCUCGCUGGACCCCUUGGACGACACAUUUUCUUCGGCGCCGACAAGGUUUGCUGGCCGGUGGACUGGCGCCGACCCGCGUGCUGGGCUGUUCCGCCCGUCCCCAACAUGGACGGCAGAGAGUUCGGCCCAUUGACCAACACCGGCGACAUGGUUUUCAACCACCCGAGAUGGCUGAACAGCGGCACCAUCAUGGGCCCGAUCAAGGAGCUUCGCGAGUUCUUCCGCGCUACCCUGGACCUCAUCAACGAAGUGUACGACCCAGAGUACGAGUUUAGAGAGAGCGACCAGUUCUACAUGAGCGAUGUUUGGGGUCUGCAGGAGCUUGAGCGUAUUGAGAUGCAAAAGGAGGAGAACCCCGAUGCCGCCGUCAUGCGUCCUCCUGAGGAUGGCUUCGUUCCGCAAUUGGAGCCUCAGUACAGCUACAACUUCCACAUUGCCAUGGACUACUGGAGUAUCCUAUUCCAGACAUGGGCAGGCUACGCCGACUGGGUGGACUGGCGAAGCUUUAUCGGCCCCUUGUACUCGGCUGAAAUCAACCAGAACACGCGCAACAACUCCGAGUUCGUGCCCUGGCACUUGCACAUGCAGGCAGAUGCCAUGAAGUCGCUCAAGCGCAUCUUCAACACCACUUCCGACGAGACCAUGGGCUCCACGGUCAACGAGCUGAUUCGCAAGUCGGAAUUCGGCGCCAACAUCAUUACGAAGCAGACUUUCCCUCUUCUCCACGUCACCGGAGAGAAGGGUGCUCUGGACGCUUUCUGGCCCCGUUUGUGGUUCUUCCCCUACUCCCGCUCCCUGACCCGCUCCGCAAUCAACUGGUUCCGGGGCGGCGAAGGCUACAGCCCUGAGCCGAUCAAUGGCAAGGUGUGGUACCCUGCCCACCCAUACCCUAAGGAGAUUAGGGAGACGGACGGAGGUGCCUGGUCAGACGCUAGCAACGACAACAACACUGUCUACUGGUUGGGUUUCGAGUCGCUGUGCGCGGAGCACACUGGCAUUCUGUUUGGGGAGGAAUAG